ACUGUCUGUCAGGGCUCAGUGAAUGUGUGUGUGGAUGUGUGUGAGUGUGCGUGGGUGAGUGUGUGUGUGUUGUACAGAGUUGGGGGGGAGUGUGUGUGGGAAGAUUUAAAGAGAGAGAAGAGAAGAAGAGCAGCGGCUUCUUGUUUUGUUUUGAGUGAGUCUGUUUUCUGAGCGAACACGUGAUGAUGAUGAUGGUGAUGAUGGGCAUCCCUCAGCCGCCGCGGGCUCAGGUGAGCCCCAGGCUCCAGACUGAGUGCUAACCAUGCUGCGGCAGUCCGAGCCGACCUCCAGCACCCUGCAGCUGGUUGCCAGUGAUAUGACCGGCAUCAUGGAGAAGCUCGACACCCGCGAGCUCGACUUGGGAGAUGGAGAGUACGACACAACAGACAGCAACACCCCAGCGGAGCGUUUGCCUUUCACGGCGAUCUACCACACUGUGGGCUUCAAGGAGCCCGAAGCCAAAGUCUUCCUGUCCUCUCCGAUCACUGCCAAGAUCCUGGAGGUGGAGCGGUUUACGUCAGCUCAGGACCGCUUCAACAUCACCACACAGAGGAGUGUCAACAAGUCGAUGCCGGCGGUGUUUAAGAUAGAGCUGAAGCAUGGGGAGUUUACGUGGGUGGUGAAGAGGAAGGAGAAACACUUCAUGGAGCUCCACAGAGAGCUGAGGACAUACAAGACCUUCAUGAGGCUGCCGCUGCCGUCGCGCAGUCACACAAUAAAGAGGCAGACGGCGGCGAGGAGUGAAGGGAGGCAGAUGCCGAACCUGCCCAGAGGAGGCGGAGACGAGCUGGGCAGAGAGGAGCAAGUGUCCAGUCGCAGGAAACAACUGGAAGAUUACUUGAAUAAGCUGCUAAAGAUGCCGAUGUACAGGAACUAUCAUGCCACGAUGGAGUUCAUUGAUGUUAGCCAGCUGUCCUUCAUCCACGACCUGGGACCGAAAGGCUUAGAGGGAAUGGUGCUGAAGCGCUCCGGGGGCCAUCGGAUCCCCGGGCUGAACUGCUGUGGUCACAGCAAAAUAUGCUACCGCUGGUCCAAACGCUGGCUGGUGGUGAAGGACUCCUUCCUGCUGUACAUGAAGCCGGAUUCAGGCGCCAUCUCCUUUGUGAUGCUGUUCGACAAAGAGUUCGGCAUUAAGAUGGAUUCUAAAGACACAGAGACCAAACAUGGCGUCCGCAUCGACAGUCUGUCCAGGUCCCUGGUGCUGAAGUGCAGCAGCUACAGACACGCCCGCUGGUGGGGUCAGGCCAUCGAGGGCUUCGUCCAGAAGCACGGCUCGGCCUUCCUCACCGACCACCGCUUCGGAUCCUUUGCCAGGGAGGAAGAGAACAUCCUCGCCAAAUGGUAUGUGAAUGGGAAAACAUACAUGGAGGACGUGGCUGAUGCUCUUGAAGAAGCCAAAGAGGAAAUUUUCAUCACAGACUGGUGGUUGAGUCCAGAGAUCUUCCUGAAGAGGCCGGUCGUUGAAGGAAACCGCUGGCGUCUCGACUGCACACUGAAACGCAAAGCGCAACAAGGAGUUCGGAUCUUUGUGAUGCUGUACAAAGAGGUGGAAUUAGCUCUGGGCAUCAACUCAGGAUACAGCAAGAGAACGCUGCUGCACCUUCACCCCAACAUCAAGGUGAUGCGUCACCCCGACCACGUCUCCUCUGCCGUCUACCUGUGGGCUCAUCACGAGAAGAUCAUCGUCAUCGACCAAUCGGUGGCCUUUGUGGGCGGGAUUGACCUGGCGUACGGACGCUGGGACGACAAAGAACACCGGUUGACGGACGUUGGGAGUGUGACGCUUUCUAACUUGGAGCAGGCCAGUGCUGCCUCUUUCAGUAGGGCGGCCCCUUCCAACGGCAGCGGCACCGUUUCCCAGACCAACGGGAAGAACAUUUUUACAGUGAUGGACUCGGUGGACCAGCCCAAGCUGAAAAGUCAGGGAAGGACAAGGAGGACCAGGUUCAGCAUCAGGAGACACCUGCAGAAACACGGCCUGGCUCAGGCCGACAGCGACAGCGACCAGGAGACGGAAGAGAGUCGGUCCAACAGCGUCACCAGCCAGCACAGUCUGAUCCCCAGCAGGGCGGCAGACCCGAGGGCGGCCGCUCCCAUGGGCCAGUGUCAGGCUGGGAGCGGCUCAGUGCGUAGUCUGCACACAGGGAUCGGAGAGUUGAUUGGAGACACUCGGUUCUGGCACGGGAAAGACUACUGCAACUUUGUGCACAAGGACUGGAUCCAGCUGGACAAACCGUUCGAUGAUUUCAUCGACAGACACACAACUCCCAGAAUGCCUUGGCAUGACAUCGCCUCAGUGGUUCAUGGGAAAGCAGCUCGGGACGUGGCCAGACACUUCAUCCAACGGUGGAAUUUCACUAAGCUCAUGAAGCCAAAGUACCGCUCUCUGUCGUACCCGUUUCUGCUGCCCAAGUCCCACACCACCGCCGGAGAGCAGCGGUACCAAGUCCCCAACUGCGUCCCCACCAAAGUGCAGAUCCUGCGCUCGGCCUCAGACUGGUCCGCCGGCAUCAAAUACCACGAGGAGUCCAUCCACAACGCCUACAUCCACGCCAUCCAGAACAGCCAACACUUCGUCUACAUAGAGAACCAGUUCUUCAUCAGCUGUGCAGACAACCGGCACGUUUUCAACAAGAUAGGAGACACUAUUGCUGAGCGUAUCAUCAGAGCAUACAGGGAGGGUAAAAGGUACCGAGUGUACGUGGUGACGCCGCUGCUGCCCGGCUUUGAAGGAGACAUCAACACCGGAGGGGGCAGCGCCAUCCAGGCUGUCAUGCACUUCAACUACAGGACCAUGAACAGAGGAGAACACUCCAUCAUCUCCCAGCUCAGGAGAGAGAUGGGAGACCAGUGGAUGAACUACAUCUCCAUCGCUGGUCUGAGGACUCACGCUGAGCUGGAGGGGAAACUCGUCACCGAGCUCAUUUACGUCCACAGCAAGAUGCUCAUCGCCGACGACAACACCGUCAUCAUCGGUUCGGCCAACAUCAACGACCGGAGCAUGCUGGGAAAGAGGGACAGCGAGGUGGCGGUGAUCGUGGAGGACUCGGAGAUGGUGACCGCGGUGAUGGAUGGGCAGGCGUACCAAGCUGGGAAGUUUGCUCUGCAGCUGCGUCUCGAGUGCUUCAGGAUGAUCCUCGGUGCAAACACAGAUCCCUCCAUCGACGUUUCAGAUCCCAUAAGUGACCAGUUCUACAAGGAGGUCUGGAUGGCCACCUGCGCUCGCAACGCCACCAUCUACCAGAAGGUUUUCCGCUGUCUGCCGUCCAGCGAUGUCCGUAACAUCCUGGAGCUGGAGGGCUACCUGUCCAAGGCGGGCCUGGAAAAGGAGGACCCGGCCCGCGCCCACGAGGAGCUGAAGAAGAUCCGCGGCUUCCUGGUCCAGUUUCCUCUUCAGUUCCUGUGCGAGCAGAACCUGCUUCCUCCCAUCGGCUCCAAGGAGGCCAUGGUGCCCAUGGAGGUCUGGACGUGAGACAGAGGGAGACUCACCUGUGUGUUCAUGUACAUCAUGUGGAAGGGUUUCAGGUGGAUAACGCCUAACCUGGUGACACUUUGGAGGUUCUGGUGGCUGAAAACAGCUGCACAGCCUUUUUAAAAAUGUAUGUAUCUGAAAGAAAAACAAAUUUAGCUCCAGCUCUUACAAAUCAUUUUAUUGGUACAUUUAACAAACAUCUGUCACUGCAGGAGAGACGUAGACUGUUUCAACACUAGCAGCCAGAAUUUCCUCCAAACAGUGUCAGCUGUGGUUGUGGCAGAUUUGGGAUGAAGCCUCUGUACCUUUAGUGCCACUGAACGUACAUGAACAGCAUUACACACACACACACACACACACACACACACACACACACACACACACACACACACACACACACAGACAUGCACACAACAUCAUCAGAGACUGUAACCUCUCAAAACUCACAUGAACACAGCUGAUUAUUUUAAACAGAUGCAACACACAUACAAACACGUGGAGAAGUCGACCAGCAGACGGAGCGUUGAACUCCACAGUGCCUGAGAACCUGGGCCUCGCGUUUACAGGAAACAGAGAAAUGGAAGCGAGAAACUGUGGGACCUGAAGCCUCCUCCUGCCCGAGCUAUUACUCUGUAAUCUCCUUUCAUACACGGCUCGCUCCUCUGUUCCCUAACAACACUAUGCAACGUCCGGGGCCUGUGAGCGCAGCUCUGACUCCUCUGUGCUGAGACAGGCCGCUUUGAAAAGACACUAAAAGAGACUUUAACGAAAACAGCAGUGCAGAGAAGAGGAUGAAGAGCUGCCGGACGUCUCCAGCCAUUUUCUAAAACGUGUCUCGUAUCUCUGAACCGCCGCUUUUUAACAUUUAUGUCAAACAGAAAAUCCAAAGUGCCAAAGAAGAUGGACGGUAGUCUGAUGUUGAUACAGUACAUUCGUUCAUUUACAUUCCUCAUACUGUGGAUUCUACAUUCAGCCUUAAGUGACCUGUUUCGUACUCUGGUCUGGUCUCUGCAGUUCCUCUGGCAGUGCUUUAUUUCAUGGAUCUGUCAUUUCCCAAGAAUUUCCUGGGAAGUUUUCUGGAAAGAAGUAUUUGGUUCUAAUUAUAUGGAAAAAAAAACAUUUUCUUUCCCUUAAAAAUCUUUGACUAAAAGAUUCAAAGUUUGGUUUGGUUUUUAUUCAGAAUGAAUUAUUCUCUCCAGGAAACUGCCGGAAACCGCAGACUGGAAUAAAGCUACACAAACUACACAACAGUCAAAUUCAUAUCAGUUAUAUUUGGCAGUAUUGGUUUAUUAGGUGAAGUGUCAGCAGCUGGACGUUCACCCAGAUGUUUCUGAACAUUUAAAGCUGCAUUUAUUGAUUUUUUCGGGGGCAGCUGAACAAGCAGUAAAGACCGGAUCAACUAAGCAACUCUUUGCUUUGCAACUUUGCCAUAUCACAACUUUUAAAAGUGAUAAAAUGUCCGUUUGCAGUUUGUUUCAGCUGCACACACGUGGCCAGAAAAAUCAGUUAAUACAGGUUUAAGUUCAUGUAAAUAAUAAAAUCUCAUGUUCAGUUUUCUGACAGUGAAAAAUAAAAAAGAAGCUAUAAAAAGACGUCACACAUCUGUAUCUCGGAAACCUUGUGGCUGCGUUUCCUUCUUGAAUUUUAAACUCAAACUUUCGCUCCUGAACUUCCUGGAAUGGAGCGUCGAUAUUCCUCAGUGUCUUCCUUGUUGGUCUGUAUUUGAUCUGCAUGAUGCUGUUUGUUUUUUUACUAAAAAAAACUUUACCUGUAGCUGACAGCAUGACAGCAGCUCGUUGCCAUUAAACAUAACAGACAGAAGCAUGAACCCUGCAAGCUGAAUGGUUUCCUUUAAAGCCAUGGACUUUAUUAAUUGAUGCUACAAAGUGUGCCUGUCUAAACGCUGUGUAUCUGCCAGAUGUACCUGAAACCUCUCUGCUGUUAAUACUUCCGGAGAAUGAGCCCUUCAACAUGCUCUUCUUUUGAAUCUUCCUGUCUACCUCCCUGUGUUUCUACCUCCUGCUGCAGAGCUUCUCAGCUCAUCGUCUUUAAUCUUUGUCAUGAUUUCAGCUUUUCAAAGAAACACUGAAUAUAUUGCACGGCAAAUAAACAUCAACAGUUUGCCGUUAUGUGCAAUAUCGGCCUGUUUACACCUAAAUCAGAAACUGUAAGGCCAACAGAAAAUUGGAUUCACCUCACAGAAACAUACAGCCAUUACUCUGAAUGGUUCAUCGAGUACAGAAGCAUUCAGUGCACGUGCUGAUGGUCUCACGUUCCUCGGACCUGAGCCGGAGAAGCUGAUGAAACACUGACCCGUCCCUUCUCUUCUCUGUCUGGCUUUAAACACUGUGUCUCUAUGAAAAUGCACUAUUUGCACAGACUGUUGUUUUCUCGUGGCGACUCCUUCGUAAUGAUCUGCAGUUCCACGUCAUGUGUUGCUUUUUGUGAACUGAUGGAAUGAAUAAGUGAGGUAUUAAUAAGUCAUUAAAAAGGAUCUGAUCUUCA